AUGAAUAAAUUAAAACGAAUAUAUUCAAAAAACAGUGAUACUGAGUCACCAGCAAAAAGACAAUUUCGUAAUGAAAAUGAAAAACGUCGUCGUGAUUUAUCUACACAAUUAAUAACAAAUUUAAGAGAUGUACUUUUAGUGAAAAAACCUUCUGAUACAAAUGAAGAAAAUACGAAGUUAGAUAAAGCUUUAGUUUUACGUCAAACUGUAACGUUUUUACAAAAACAUCAACAAAAUUUAACAAAUGAAAUACAAUCAAUUAUAUCUGAUUUGCAAAAUCCUUCUCGUUCAUUAUUAAAUUCUUCCCUUGAAUUUUCUUGGAAACCACCUUCUGAUAUAACGUCUAUUGAUGAAUGGUUACAACUAGCUAUUGAAUCAAUGCAAUGUUUUUUUCUUGUUAUUAAAUUUGAUUCAAAUCUUCAUAAAAUAGUUUAUGUAUCAAAGAAUAUCCAUUCAUAUUUUGGUUAUUCACAAGAUGAACUUAUUAAUCAUCCAUUAUUUGAUUUUAUUCUUCCAUCAAAUCAUGAUCAAUUACUUGCCUAUCUUCUAAAUAAUCAUCAAGUGUUACAAACAUGUGAUAUAUCAUGGAAACGAGCAGUUGAUAAUGAUUAUGAACAAUGUACAUUAAUUGGUGCAUAUCGAACAAUUAAUGAAAAUGAACAAUAUUUUAUGUCGAUUGUUAAAAUAAAUACAUUAGAUCGAAUGUUAAAGAUGAAUGCUGAUUAUCCAAUAGAAGAAUUUAUCACUUAUUUAAAUACUCAAGGAAAAUUUGUUUAUAUUGAUUCAAAAGCUCGACAAAUUCUUGGUUAUAGCCCAUUUGAAAUGAUUGAACGUACGUAUUUUGAUUUUGUUCAUCCAGAUGAUCUUGCAGUUAUUGUUCGAGCUUAUAAAUUAUGGAAAGAAAAUGGAAAUGAAAAAAGUGAACCAUAUAGAUUUUUAACAAAAGAUGACCAAUGGAUUCUUCUUCAAACAUCUUCACAAGCACAUAUUAAUACAUGGACAGGAAAAGUGGAAAGUUAUAUUUGUACAACAUACAUCGUUCAAUGUCAUUCAUUACAACAACAAUUAGCGGAAAGACCAAUUAAUAUUCAGAUAAAUAAUUCAGAUAAUUCAGCUGAUGUUUUACUAUUGCCUUCAAUGAUAACAACUACAGCACAACGAUCAUCACCAAUAACAACAACAAUUUCAUCAAUAUUAAAUAAUCAAGAAAGUAAUUCGUCGUCUUCUGAAAAUGAAAUAACUUCAUUUAUAACUCAUCUUCGAAAUGAUGUUUACCAAGCAGAUAUCUUUGAUAAAUUAACUGAAUGUCGAAAAAUUAAACAAAAUGAAAUUAAUAUUCGUCAAGAAGAAAUUCGAGUUAUUGAUCAUGUUCGCCAGUUUGUUAAUGAAUAUCAUAUUAAACAUUCAAAUAAUCAACUGACUUCAGAUGAAAUGAAAGAUUCAAAUACAGAAGAUAUUACUUUGAAUAUGUUUGAUACAAACAGUGAUUUAACUGCAUUUGAUGAUCCGAUAGCAAAUACUACUGAUCGUUAUUGUCCUGAAAUAGAUUCAAGAGAUGAUAUGUCAAUGGAUUCAUUAUCAUCUUUAUCUUCUUGA